AUUUUAUUUCAGACGAAUCGGCUAUAAUACAUUAAUUAUUUUAAUACCUUUGGUUAGGUCAAGCUGGACCACGAGAAAUGAAACUAGCAUUUUCAGGGUUCAGUAACCUCAUUCUUGCUUAUACAAGGUCAAAAGUCACAUGAUGCAGACGUAUCAGCUGCAGCGUAUUGCCUCAGGCAUGAGGCAGAAAUUGAGACCUUAAAGAGGCAACUACUAAAUAGAGAGACGCUGCAGUCUACUUCCUUCCCUGGAUUUUCCGGCGCGGGCCAUGAUUUCCAAGCUCUUCCUUGCUCUCAUUUUCCUCCGAGCUGGACUGAGUUCAGGCCAAGGGUUCGGGUUCACCUUCGACGGCUUCCGACCAGUUGACUUACACCUCGAUGGGAUUGCACAGAUCACUUCCAAUGGCCUGCUCCGGCUGACCAAUGAAUCAAUGCAGAGAACGAGCCAUGCAUUCUAUCCCCGCCCAGUAUCCUUCAAGAACUCAAUGGAAGGCUCCGUCUUCUCUUUCUCCACCACGUUCGUGUUUGCAAUCAUCUCCAAUCAGCCAGAAGUGGGUGGCCAUGGGAUCGCCUUUGUGGCUGCCCCCCAGAUGGGCCUCCCCGGGACCCUCCCGAGCCAGUACCUCGGACUCUUUAAUGCAACCAGUAAUGGGAACACCACCAGCCAUGUGUUUGCCAUCGAGCUCGACACGAUAGAGAGCACUGAGUUCCAGGACAUCAAUAAUAAUCAUGUCGGGAUCGACAUCAACAGCCUGGCCUCUACCCACGCUGCUCCGGCAGGGUACUACCCCGAUGGUGGUGCUGGAAAAUUUGAAAACCUGACCCUUAUCAGCGGCCGACCUAUGCAAGUCUGGGUGGACUAUGACGGGACUGAGAAGAGAAUUAAUGUAACUUUAGCGCCCUUCAGCGUUGCUAGACCAAGCACUCCACUCCUGUCCCAAUCGCUCGAUCUCUCGCCAAUUGUCAAGGAGACCAUGUUUGUUGGGUUCUCAUCCUCGACCGGUUCACUCUUAACUUCCCAUUACAUUCUCGGCUGGAGCUUCCAGAUGAAUGGACAAUUAGAGGAGCUUGCCCUGUCUAAGCUUCCCAACCUUCCCCGAAUAGGAAAGAAGCCGACUCCUAAGCUGCUAACAGUUGGAGUUCCCAUAAUAUGCUUAUUUUCCGUGUCCGUGUUGAUCUCAGGACUGGUUUAUUACAUUAGGUUGAAGAGGAAGUGUGCGGAGGUUCUUGAGGACUGGGAACUCCGGUAUGGGCCCCACCGGUUCAAGUACAAGGAUCUCUACAUAGCCACGAGGGAAUUCCGGGACGAGGAGCUGUUGGGUGUAGGUGGUUUUGGGAGGGUCUAUCGAGGGGUGCUGCGCACUUCAAAUAUCGAGAUUGCUGUGAAGAGGAUUUCUCAUGAUUCCAGGCAAGGUAUGCGGGAAUUCGUGGCAGAGAUUGUCAGCAUUGGUCGGCUCCGGCACCGUAACCUAGUCACACUCCUUGGGUACUGCCGGAGGAAGGGUGAGCUCCUUUUGGUGUAUGAUUACAUGCCAAAUGGAAGCCUCGACAAGUACCUCUUCAACCAGCCCAAAGUGACUCUCAAUUGGACCCAAAGGUUUAGGGUCAUAAAGGGGGUCGCCUCAGGGCUCUUGUAUCUCCACGAAGGGUGGGACCAGGUUGUGAUCCACCGCGACAUUAAGGCGAGCAACAUCCUUCUUGAUGCUGAAUUGAAUGGGAGAUUAGCAGAUUUCGGGCUUGCAAGGCUGUAUGACCGCGGGACCGAUCCUCAAAGCACACAGGUUGUGGGGACUCUAGGAUACCUUGCUCCCGAACAUACCAGGACUGGUAAGGCCACGAAGGCCACUGAUGUCUUCAGUUUUGGGGCUUUCCUCCUUGAGAUGGCAACUGGAAGGAGGCCGAUCGAGCAACGAGGGACUGAGGACGUGAUCUUGGUCGACUGGGUGUUCUCCUGCUGGAGCGGAGGAGGUGGGAUUCUUGAGGCGAGGGACCCGAACUUGGGUGGAGACCUCGUAGCUGAGGAAGUUGAGCUGGUGCUGAAGCUGGGCCUGGUGUGCUCCCACUCGGAGCCCAGGGCGAGACCGACAAUGCGGCAAGCGUUGCAGUACUUGGAAGGAGACCUGCCAAUACAGGACUUAUCCUCCUCCCUAAGCAUCCCUUCGCCUGGGGUAAGGUUCGCACAUCAAGAGGCGUUUGACGACUUUGUUAUGUCGUACCCUUCUUCAAUGGACCAAGCAUUCGCAGUUUCUUCCUCUGUUGCAGACUCACUUCUCUCAGGUGGAAGAUGAUUGAUAUAUCUCCCAUUGAGGGUCUGUGAAGAUUUUUGAGUUUUUUUGUUUAUACUUUUUGCUUCUAGUGUUCCACUGCGAAGAUUAACACAUACCAAACAGUCCCGAGCCAGGAGACAAUUGAACUGAUUUAACUUUUUUACGGAUAUAUCAGAGUAGCUAACAUCUCAACAUACCAUUUACUCUGACAUAAAUUGAGCUCCUUGCCAGAAUGGAUAGGAUAUAGUAGCCCCGAGGCUACUCCCUUUAUGGCUAGCGUCUGGCUUCAUUUUAGUGUAAGUUUUUGUUCGUUAUAGAGGUACCUGGCUGAUACUUCCAUUAGGCAAACGGGUUGGUGUACAUCAUUAUACUGAUUCUAGUUCUAAGGUUGCAGAGCCAAGACCCUAACUUUGCAAUGAACGUUAGGGCAUGUAACUAUCAAUCUAUACAUCAAAGCUACAACACACUUCCAAAGAUUA